CGGUGACGUAUUUUGCGCGCGACCAAACACGGUUGUCCGCGUGGGCUGCCGUCGCAUGUCACACAAUCAUGACUGCUGCCGCUUUUUGUGGAGAGUGGUUUGUUUUCACUUGCGACAAGAAACUCGUAGCAAUUCACAGCAAAGAGACCAGAGAACCGUUUGUGUUUGACUGCAGCACUGCUGAGAAGAAGCCAAAGAACACAAAGGAUGACAACAACAGUCAGGGCAGGGCCACAGAGGAAACUGGAAGUGACAAAGUCCUCGCCUUUGCCGUGUCUCCAUCUGGGAAUCUGGUGGCGUUGACUGAUGACACCAAGAGACUGGCUCUGUUUCACUGUGAGCCUUCAUGGCGUUUCGUCAACAUCACGUGGGUGGUGAGGAGAUGUACGUCCUUGGUAUUUAGUCAGGCUGAGGACGAGCUGCUGGUAGCUGACAAAUCUGGAGAUGUGUACUCUUUCUCAGUUAUGGAGCCACAGAGGGAGGGCAAGCUGAUGAUGGGCCACCUGUCUAUGUUGCUAGCUGUGACCAUAUCGCCGGACAAAAAGUACAUCAUCACAGCUGACCGUGAUGAGAAGAUCAGAGUUAGCCACUUCAGGUCUCCGUACGUCAUCCAGUCCUUCUGCCUGGGACAUCAACAGUUCGUCAGUGCCCUGCACAUCCCAUCAGGACAUCCACAUUGGCUGCUGUCCGGAUCAGGGGACGGAACAGUGAAGCUUUGGGAGUAUGAGUCCGGCCACAGGCUGCAGAGCUGGGACCUCAGACAGUUUGAAGAGACACCAAACUCUGAGGCUAACAAAGAGCAGAAUCCAACUGUGUGCCGAAUCAUUAGCUCCCCCGAUGGACGACAUGUUGCUGUGCAGUGUGAAAGAAUGUCCACAGUUCAGUUUUUCACUCUGCACAAGGAAGGCGAAGAGACUCUUGUGCCACACAGCAGACUGUCCCUGCCUCACUGUCCCCUGGACAUGACCUUUGAUCUGGAAGGGCAGCUCUGGGUAGUGAUGGACUCCAGUGAUGCACCACUCCAAGUCUACACACUCAGACAAAGCACCUGGGAGUGUAAUACUCAGAACCCAGACCUUAACAGAGUGAUUGAAGCCUUCAUGCCACAUUGGGAGUCCCUUGAGGCCUCCACAAGGAAGAACAACCGCUUUGAGCACCUGUACAAAAUGGGCUUUGACAAUGUGACAGAGUACAAGCAGAAGAAGCAGCAGAGACUAGAGGAGCAACAGCUGAAGAGGACGAAGGCACAGAAGGCAAAUGGCAAUAAGAAGACCAAGAAAGAGGCAUCGGAAGCUCUGACCAAGCCAUCUGUCUGAAUGAACACCUUGAAGAUAGCGCUAGUAUUUCCUUUAUAUUUGAUGUUUUGAGUGAUAUAUCUGAGUUGAAUGUGCGCUGGUGAAGCGUGUGCAGUGUGUGCCUCACCUUAUGUUCCCUGUAGAUGAAUUUUUGGUUUGGCUAAAAUUUGUCAGAUUUUUUUUUUUUUCUUUUUGCAGCUAAUAUUAAACUGUGGCUUCUG